CGAAAGAAGAGUGGCAGAAACGCAAGUAGAAUCCAUGACGGAGACUCCAAGCACUACUAAUUCUGGAACAAGGCAUGACAAUAUAAGUCGGCGUUUGCUACUGCGAAGGCAUGGCCUCGGAAAGCAGGCUGUUGUCUUGGAGCCAGAUGGGAACACAGAUGCGUCAGGAACCUCUAUGCUGGCUUCUACCCAACCUGGAGUCGAUGUUGACGAAAGGUCAGUAGGACAUGCAGGAGAAAGUAUUAUAGAUGAAGGUCCUCCUCGUCGUCUCUCUUUUAGGAAAGAGUUCGAUGGGUCUGCGACCUCCGAGUUUCUGGAGGAUGCCACCUCGACGCCAUCUGCGAUUCUUCUUGAGCAAAGUAGUGAUAGCAGAGAGGAAAGUAAUCGCGGACAUGCUUCAACUGCUGAGGAAGAACCUACGUCAACAGUUGAAGAAAAAAGGAUAAAAGUCGAUGCUGUCGUAGCAGUUGAUGCAGAGAGCAGUGCACAAUUGGAUACCUUCGAAACUGCAGUGACGAAAGCCAUAGACGACGGGCAGUUCGAGCAAGCGCUAGCUAUCGAAGUCCAUGACAGUCUCAAUGCUUCUUUCGUUCCUCAUACGCUGAAAAACGGUGAAAUCCAUCGAAGAAAAUCCGGAAACAAUUCUAAUAAUUCUACGAAGAAAAUAUAUCCACCAAAUAUAGUAUCCGGCAAGAACUCCAAUAAUUCGACCACCAAUAAUUCUUCUCCUUCAGCUUCUCCUAGUAAUAAUGCUCCAUCAUCACGGAAAAGCGGCAUUUCAUCAACUUCGAUUGCCAAAAAAGAGCAAGAUAAAGAGGCUGAAAAAAGCGAAGAAAAUGCCGCAGGAAGUGUAAAGAGUACAACUUCUGAGAAAGCAGGUGCUGAUCAAGAUGAGUUAUGAGAAAUUGUAAGCUCCUGUGCUUAACAACAAGAUGCCAGACCUUUGUCGGUUGAUAAUUUAGUCUAAUAUUCUUUUCAAUUUCCAUUUUUGGGUCCGACGACUAGAAGGACUUGCAUAUCUUUGAUAUUGAGGGUUCAACUUUGCUUGCGCUAAUAUCCUCUAUGCUGCUUCCCGCGAUCACGAUCGUUGCUUUCUGCAUUUUGAGCGCGGCUGCCGUUUACUAUGGUCUCCUCAGUCAAGCGGGAUCUGGGACGCAGUAAGUCUGGGCGGAAGCGGAUGAAUGUAAGUUCUGUUCUACUACAAAUUGAAUGAAGUUUGUAGUAGAACAGUACUUCCAUUCAUCCGCUUUACUACUUACUACUACGUUCAGUUGCAACGGGGCGUAAAUCUAUCAAAAAUGCAUAAAGGAUCGUGGUGGGGUCGACUAUAAGUAGUACCCCUUUCUUACAUACUAAUAGCAGUACCUACGAGAUGCCCAGAGUAAGUACGCCUUUUCCUUUUCGUCGGACUGUAGGUGUCCUCUUCUUUCUCCUCUCUCUUUUUUGAUGUCCUAUUUUCCUAGAAAGAAGGUCCAUGUCGUGGUGGUGCUGGGGGGCACUGAAUACUUUGCUGUGCUGUUGGGAGACAUCUUCUUCGUGUUUAAAUUUUUAGUGACCCCGCGGUGGCAUCAAUGACAAGUUAAUUUCGCAAAGAUCAAAAGAGAACGAAUGACAGUCCAACUUCAUUUUCUUCUCAUGAUUUCUGAAUCACCACUUUAUUUACGCAGAAAAAACAUGAUUGGACGAUCC